CAAAUACGGCGACACUCUCAUCAUCAUCUCCUCGAAAAUUGCAACUUUCCCACGGCUGCAACACCUAUCACAAUGGCGUCCAAACACCUUGCAAAGAACGUCUACAUCGUCGCAGCCAAGCGCACGCCCUUCGGUGCCUUUGGCGGAAAGCUUACCAACUUCUCGGCAACUGAGCUUGGAGGCCUCGCGUCCGUGGCUGCAUUGAAGGAAUUGCCAAGCGGGACGAAGGUAGACUCUGUUAUCUACGGGAACGUGCUGCAAACCUCUGCAGAUGCCGCAUACCUCGCCCGCCACGUCGGUCACCGCGCCAACGUCCCCAUCGAGUCGCCCGCGUUGACCAUCAACCGCCUCUGCGGGUCCGGGUUCCAAUCCGUCAUCAACGGCGCUCAAGAGAUCAUUCUAGGUGAAGCCGAAAUCGUACUCACCGGCGGGACAGAGAGCAUGACCCAGGCGCCGUAUGCCUUGCGGAAUGCACGCUUCGGAACGAAAUACGGUGUCGACCAGAAGCUUGAGGAUACCCUCGCCCAUGCUCUCACGGACACUUUCCCCGAGAAGACGCCGAUGGGGAUCACUGCUGAGAAUCUUGCGAAACAAUAUGGCAUCACGAGGAAAGAGGCUGAUGAGUUUGCGUUGAGAUCACAACAGAACUACGCGAAAGCACACGCUGCCGGUAUCUUCAACGCAGAAAUCGCUCCCGUGGAGAUCAAGACGCGGAAAGGCACGGAAUCGUUCACUGCCGACGAGCAUCCACGAGGAUCAACAACUCUCGAGACGCUCGCAAAGCUGCAAUCCGUGUUCAUCAAGCAGACAGGGACGGUCACCGCUGGAAACGCGUCCGGGAUUUGCGACGGCGCCGCCUCCCUCGUCGUCGCCAGCGAAUCCGCCGUCAAAUCCCAAAACCUCAAACCCCUCGCUCGUCUCGUCAGCUGGCACUACUCCGGCGUCGACCCUAAGAUCAUGGGUAUCGGGCCCGUCCCCGCCGUCAAAGGCGCGUUGAAGAAGGCCGGUUUGACACUGAACGACAUGGAUAUCAUUGAAUUGAAUGAGGCGUUUGCCACGCAGGCGAUUGCCGUGUCCCGCGAGCUUGGAUGGGAUAUGUCGAAGGUCAACUUGGCUGGUGGGGCCAUUGCCAUUGGACACCCGCUCGGAGCGAGUGGGGCGAGGAUCACUGCGCAUUUGGCGCAUGAGCUGCAACGUACGAAGAAGCGAUAUGCUUUGGGGACGGCGUGUAUUGGGGGUGGGCAGGGUAUUGCGCUCAUUUUGGAGCGUGCGUAAAUCGGGUCGACAACGGACUUCUUGAGUUGGAGUAUCUGUAGCUACGUAGAGAAGCAAAGAGCACUUUCUUUGGCUAGUCCUUGAAGCACAUCUAAG